AGUGACUAAGCUAGAGUGAAUUUGUACUGAGGCUGCUUGCGCCUGAAAGGGUCAAAAUACACGUAUAUGGUGGAGGUCAGCAGCUGCCUCAGGGGCUGGAUGCCCCACCCUGUGGCCAAGACCCUGUGUGCCUGUGCACAGCUGGGAAACAUCUGUUCCCUUCUGCAAAAUGGUGGCUGGAACAGCGACAAAGACAGUUAUGACAAACAUGACUGAUAUUGGCUCACAUUGGUUGAGAAGUUGGACACUCCCACAGCAAUGGGAUUCCGGAAGGGGACUUUAAAGCAGAACACGCACAGAAACCUCUCUGUCUUGCUUGCCUUGUGCGCCCUGUUAGGGUGUGUUUGCGGAGUGCCCACAGGGCUGGCAGAUGCUGGGCCCACGUGGAGUUUAGGCCUCGGUCAGUGGGAGGCCUACGCACAGAGGUGGAAUCCCAUGCUGGGAGGUGUGCCUCGCUGCGCACCAGCUCUUGGGCUACUACAACACUGUGCACUGCACGGGUCACGAACUGCUUCCGUUUCUUGGCCUGAGAGCAGCAUGUGGAGGCUGGGAGCAACACAGCAAAGUAUGAGCUGGGAAUGUUCCUCUGCCCUGGGGGUGCAGGCCGCCUCGGGCGCCAGGGUCCCACGGAUGAAGCUUCCGCUGAGUGACUGUCUGGAGUGAUCUGGCAGCGCACCCCACCCCAGACCCAGGAGAGAGAGAAAGAGAGAACUGGGUGAGGCCAUGGCGACGCUAAAACCUGCAGGUGUGCCCCAGAGAGAGAGCGAGCCUGAGGAUGGAGACCGGUUUGUGUAGCCGUCUUGAGCUUCAAAAGGACACAGAUAAGCAAUAAUGGGAAAGUUCGGGCGUGGAUUUAGAUUUCAGUCUCUCUGGGAACAUGGGAAUUUCGGUGCUUUGCAGAAGAGGUUGGUUAGGAGUAGGAAUGCUCUCAGCUCCUCCAAAUUGGGUACCCUGUUAAUAAAAACCUCUUUUGUUCCCCCCACAUCUUUGCGUUAUGCUUGUACAUGACAGCAAAUGGCUGGACCCCAAGCCGCCCGGUUGCAGUUCCAUGGGUUUUUAGCACAAGUGACGCGAUUUUGAGCCUGUGGCUGCUUUUUAACAGCUCUUGCACUUACAGACUGAUUGAUAUCGGAUAUGUUGAAACCUCCUGAAAACUAUUUUCUCAUCUUCAAAAUGAAAAAAAAAACCCAACUCGGCACCAAACUACAGUGUUUUUAUGAGGAUGAAAUGCGUUUUACAAGGAUUAAGGAUGUUUAGAACAAUCCUUGGCACUUAGUGAAAAAUAAAUGUUAAGACAGAUGCGGUGAAAUAGACAUUGGGAGUAAGCGGAGUAAAAUUCUUUGAUCUAGCCUCACACUUGCUUUUGUAAAAUAUGGCCAUUGUAAAGUACAUAAUCUCCGAGAUCCUCCCCAUGUUUAUACAGUUUAUCUCGUUGGUUAGAUUAUAUGCCAAGCCACGGAGAGAAUCAGUUACUUGGUUCCAAAGCAGUGAUUUGCAUUGUUCCAGGAAAAAGGAUCAGUUGUUUGCUAUGUGUUGGAAUCUGCCCAAUUGGCCUGGAAUUGUGCAAAAUUAGUACAACAAUAUUUGAUUAAUAUAGUCCAACACAAGCAUGGGGAAAUGUCUUCCCGAUGAACUCCAUCCAUCCGGACUAAAAAGAAAAUCAAAAUAUAACUGAGCUCUUAAAAAAUUAGGCAUUUUCAUUUAUAAACUUAAGAUUGUAUAAAUAAGAAAGCACUUGUUUGGGAUUAGAAAAUAUUCUAAAGUCAACAAAUCACUAAGGUCUUUGUUGAAAGCCUUUAAAGAUCUGAAUGGUGUAUGUUUCCUUUUGUUCAUUGACCUGUGAUAUUUUCAAGGUUUUAUAAAAAAGUAAAGAGAGGAACUACUAACCUAUUAUUUCACAUCAAACAAUGAGAAAUAAAUGCAGUAUUUUUAUUGUAUUUUUUUUCAGUUCUAGAAAGCCCUGAACAAAAAUAAUACGCUUAAAAGAAAGCAUGGCCUACUUUUGAAAAAAUAGCACAACUAUACAAAUUAAUCCCUUUCAGAGCCAAACUUCUCGUGGCCCAGCUAAGCAAGUCACUCUGCAUUAUGGAGAACAUCACGUGUUAUUUCACUGCACAUCUGUCACACAUUUUAAAAUAUAUUUCAAUCCAUUUUGCUUCCUUCUUUCUUUUUUAUGUAAGGUGGUUGUGUUCCUUCUGCCUUUAAGGACAGUUCUUCCAUGACUUGUAUUUUAGAUCCCAUUCUGUCCAUGUCUUUGACCUUAUUUUUAAACAAUUGGUCCAUGUCUGAAACAAACUAACAUUUUGAAUUACCUAAUUUUUGCCUCAUCAUAUGUGUAGGAAUACCUAGUCUUUUUUAAUAAUUAAUUUUAUUUAGUUAUUUUUCGGAAUACCUAGUCUUGAUAAUGCCUUCGCAAUAUGCAACUGAACAAAAAAAUUGUCAGUUAAAUUUGGUGAAAGUAUUUCCUUUUCCAAUAUUUAAGUCAAAUCACGUUUACUCUCUCCUAUAUUGCAAUACCCAAGGCUAUUGAUUUUAGCCUACUUAAUGAAUAGUAUUAAGAUUAAACUAGGGCUGGGGGGACUGAGCAUUCAGAGAUGACCUUGUAUGGAGUCAGUAUAACUGAUGAAAGUCAAGAUUAUAAAUAAGUAAAGGGUGUCUUUUUGAAGUUGUGGAGAACUGGCACUCUUUGCUUUUACACUUACAUAGCUUUAGAAUAACACAGAAUUUCUAGUUAGAACUUGCUUUCGUUUUUCAAGCCCCACUUUGUAUAACCAAGUCUACACUCAACAAAAUCCUGUAACAAGAGCGAAUGGGUUAUAAACAAGUUGGCCUACUUCAGAGCUAGUGGACUACUUUCAGUUUCUCAAGUAGAAAGGUCUUUCUCACAACAAGGCUUUGACCCAUGAGUUUUAAAGCAUUUUCAUAAUGUAUCUGGAUUUAAAAUAUACAUAUAUUAUUGUAGGCCGAUAUUAUCUCUUAUUGGGAAAAAAAUUCUUUCGACAAGACUGCUAGCACUUAGGAGCACUAAUAUUUACAAAUCUCAGAGGACUAGGUACUUUACUCUACUUUGGCCAUAAGAAUUGCUUCUCCUAUUCUUUUCAGAUUACAUUAAAUUAAAAAAAUAUUGGAGAGAGUCAGAUGUGUUCCAAGGACCCACCAAAAUGCUUGAAGCACAAAGAUGAAUACGAAAUGAUUCUAGCCUAGAUUAGCUUGAAAAUAUGUGCCAUUGUGCUCCUUGUAACUGCAGUUAUAUAAUUUUCUUGUAUUGUUCUCGCAAUUCCCAUUAUACAGAAUGGGGCAAAAGUAGGUUUAUGAUUUUGAGUGUGCAAAACACAGAGUAUUAUUGUAUAAAACUCUUGUAGUAUUAUGUAUUAAUUAUUGUAUUAUUUUCCAUACAAACAACUGUAAACCUACUUUUACCACACCUUGUAUAAUUGAAGUUCAGAUGUCUAAGCACAGUGCUGGCUUAAUAGAUAUUAUGUUAAUCAAAAUGAAUUAUAUAUUAAAUAAAGUUCUCCAAACUAUUUCUUGUACACAUGUUCCUCAGUCCAAGUGAACAAAUUAUAACCCCCCUGAAUGAACUACAUCUAGAAGUGAUCGAUCUGCUGCAUUGUGGUUCAAGGAAAAGUUCUAUAAGAUCCUACCACCCCCAAUGUGUAUUAGUAAAUCUAUUUUUUUGGAGAGCUUUUAUGUGUUACACCAGAGGCAUGGACAUGUGAAUCCCCACAUGGCCAGAUAACAGCUUCCAAUUCAGUGGAAUUCUUAAUCAUAUUAAUAAAAAUACAUUUCUUUCCUGGGUUUUAAAACAUCUAAAUCAGAAAGAUCCAUUGUUUGAGCAGGGAAAAUAAGUCUUUUACAAUAGCUGUUGCCAAAUCCACACCUUGACUCCCAGAGUCAUAUAUUUCUAUCUCUGGAAGAAGGAAGAAUAGGCACUUCAAUAUAACUCAUUCUCAAACCUCCUUGCAAUAGUCCCUUGUAAUGUUUUGUUCUAAAUUUAUAAUAAUCUUGCAACAAAUUUGUUAAGGCCGAUAAAAUGGUGUGGUUUUUUUCCUCAGGCCAUUUAAUGGCCUUUUAAAAAAUACUUUGGUAAUUACCCAAAAUAUGGCUUUCAUUUCCAAAGAAAUAAGUGAGAGAACUCUAUUUCUGGAUUACCCGAGGGAGCAGAUAAGUGAUGCAGUUUCAACCAAUCCCAUGCAUUGUUGUGAGACCUGAAAUCAGAAGUGAGUGAAAUAAGGAGGCAGUGGAGGAAAGUGUGAGUAUGAGUAGCAAUUUCUAGUUCCUUGAGGAUAAGAAGGACACUUUUUUACUUCUAGUUCAGUGUGUUUAUUCCAUAAUUCUAGGAGUCAAAGGUGUGGAUUCUGGUCCUCCCUAGUUACACUGAUCAAAACCACACAACUGGGAACUGAGUAAACAACCAGGAAAUGGAUCUGGGCUCCCCGUGGUCUGCUGUGAAGCCAAGUGACAUAAAAAUUCCAGUUCUCCAUCGUCAUAAUCCUUUCCUCUCAGAAAAAGUUCCUUUCAACCGAGCAUAAACCUCUGCAAGGACUAUCAUGGAGCAGCGAUAAACAAAAGCACUAUUGCUUGGGCAUUCGGAUUGGCUGAAAGGAGUUUUAGCAAAUGAUAGGUAGCUGCUACCACAGCCAGAGUCUCUUCGUAGCCCGUGUACCUCCUGCUAUGAAACAAGAUACCAUUAAAUCUGGAAGGAUACCCCUCAGUUUUCUGGACAUCUUCAUUAAAGAGUCUGCAACUUUUAGAAUACCUGUGUCUCAUAUAAAGCUGGAGAGCAGUUCGGUCAUACAGUGAUAUUACAACUUCUAGGACUUGGCAAGUGGACAAAUGCUGCUACUCUUCUCCGUGAGUAAAUCUAAGAGGCUUCCUGAGGCCAUUAGAAGACCAUGAAGUGUGUUUUCGCUCCAGAGAAGGAGACAGGCAGGGUAGAUGGGCCCAAACCUGUGUCACCACUGUUGGCAGGACUCUAAGAAUGGCGUUUUUUGGGACCAAAUCAAUAGUGAUGCAAAGGGGCCUUUUGCUGAACUCUGCUUUCUGGCUCUCUAGAUGAAGGGGCUAUCUCCCACCUUCAGCUGGGAGCAUUCAAGGACAAUUUAUUCUCUCUCUAGAGUCGCGGUGCAGCCAGUGUGCAAAAGUUGAUGGAAUCCUCAUGUCAAGUAGGGGCUCUCACUGGCCUCAUGCACCGUUUUUGAAAUCAUUUUCUAAAUUAGGGUGACGUUUUUCACCUGUGCAGUUUAACCUUCAGUUCUCUAUGUUCAUUUUAAGGGUUGGCUGUUACUAGAAGUGUUCAAAAGCUACAUUUUAGUCCCAUCUCAGCUCUCUACUGUCAUGGCUCAGCUGAGAAAACUCCUAUUGGUUGUUAGGGAAUUUGUCUAAUUCUGUUCCUUCAGUUGCUAUAGUUGUAGAAAUGUCUUUUAUAUUCUGACACAUUUAUUUUAAAAUUUAAUUUGUGCUACCAUUCUGGUCUUUCCAUUGGUCAUAUCUAUUGCAGUGCAUUUUAACAAGAGGCUAGAAAAAAUUACUUUUCACUGGAAUUUUCUGUUAUUUUUAGACAUAUGCUGUUAUUUGCUUUAAAGGUACCUAUAUAAUCUCAGCAAAAGACUAAAAAAUGAAGAUACUUCCACCAUUGCUCCUCUGCAUUCAGGUUCUCUUUAAUCCAGUAUUGCUUCACUUGGAUUACAACCUGUACGCAGCUUGCAAACACACACACCGAAGACAGCUAUUGUUCAUAACUGCCUAAAAAUGUUUUGAGUUGUAUAUGGUUCAUUGUUUGAAAAAAAAAAGAAUUCCUUUUGUUCAACAUCUAGAAGACAACUGUUAUCUUUAUUCUAGGCUAGCACUGUUGGAUCAAUUUAAGAAAUGAUGAAAUUAUUCUAUGUCGGCAGACCGGAAAUUAUAGCCAUUAGCCAUGUGUGGCUGUUGAGCACCUGGAAUGUGGACGUUUGGACUAGAGGAAAGUACAGAGAGACCCACGGCUCAGAAGCCAAAGAAGCAUCCCUGUCAUUGCCAACACAAGUGGACGUGCCAAGAUUACUCUGAGUGUCCAAAGUGGCAUCGGAUUGCUCUGAGACUGGUCAGCAUUGCACUGGUUAUACUCACUGCUGCAGUGAUAGGACUAGCUAUUUGGGUGAAUCAGCUACGCAUCCAUUCCUUCAGUGAUAACCACUGCAUGGAGGUGUUUGAUAGUGAUAAUGAAACCAGAGCUUGCGAUUGUAUGAAUAUUUUUCCCAGAAAGCAGCCCAGAGAUACAAACUCCCGGAGAAACCCUACACUAAACUUGUGCCCUAAUGGUUGGGUGCAGGAAAAAGGGAAACGUUACAACUUUUUUUACACUUUUAAAUCAUGGAUCAAUAGCCAAAAAUCCUGUUUAAAAAUGAAAUCACAUCUUUUGAUGAUCCAAGACAAAGCUGAACUGGAUUUCAUACAAAACAGUAUACAGGAUGGAAUCUACUUUUGGAUUGGAUUAAACAUUACACAUCCACAAAAGACGUGGACCUGGAUGGAUGGAACCCCAUUAAACCCACAAUUAUUUCAAGUCACAGGCAAGGCUGGAGACAGUGCCUGCGCUGCGAUAACAAAGAAGGGUGUUUUUUCUGAAAAAUGUCACAGUCAAGGUUAUUGGAUUUGUCAAGAUGUGAUUUCUUCAGAUGAUGACCUCUAAAUUGAUCCAGGUGACCUAGUUAAAUGUCAUUUGGAGGAAUAUACUUUUUGGACCAUUCUCCACUCCAGACAAAAUUUGGUAAAUAUUUUCAUAGCUCCCUGUACUUAUCUAAUCUUAACAUUGAUCAAUAGUACCCUCUUUUUUUGGCCAUUGUUUCCCUAACUGAUUUUAAAUGCACUGUAAGCUAUGCAAGAUCAAUAAUCAUUAUUAUUGUUUAGAACAAUGACGUAUAAUGGAUGAUAAAUAAAUACCUUUUACGUUAAUAUAUAUUUGUAACAUGUCCUAUGAACUUCCCAGCCCAAGUUUUACUAGUUUUGCAGAUCUUUUCCCAGUGUAGACAAGCAUAACUUGUAUAUAGAGAAAUAAAUCACUCUAUUUUCUUAAAUAAAGGUCAGUGUUAGGUUUAUAUGCAUAAAUAAACAAAAUUUUUCUUGUUUGCUGUUGGUUUUUGUUUUUAACCUAGAACCUACAUUGAGACUUGGAGUAGAGACAUGACUACAUUAAUAUUUGUUAAUAAAAUAUAAGUUUAUCAAUGGGACACCUAUUUUAAAGUCCUAGAUCCACUAAGAGUAAAACUUAAGGAUAUACCUGAAUUUUAAAAAUAUAUUUAUUUCAAAUACUUUUGUUUGAACAGAAGUAAUUAUAGUUUAUAAGAAAUAAAAUAGAAAACCUUCAACUCAAAAAAAUUAAACACAGGAACAUGAAACCAUGUUUAUUUAGUAUAUGUCCUGUUUUUUUGAGUUUUCAAUAUUUGCCUUUUUUUUGAAUUUUAAAAUAUAUUUUAUUAAUUAUGCCAUUACAAUUGUUCUAUUUCACCCCUUCAUUCCCCUCCACCCUGCACACCCCCUCCCCCACCAUUCCCCCCCUUUAGUUCAUGACCACGUGUCUCAAGUUCUUUAGAUUCUAUAUUUCCCGUACUAUUCUUGCCCUCCCCCUAUCUAUUUUCUACCUACCAUCUAUGCUACUUAUUUUCUGUACCUUCUCUAAUAUGAACACUUAAGCAAUGUGGAAAAAUGAUUGGAGAGCAGUUACAAUUGAAGGGGGGAGAGGAAUUAAUGGAAGAUUAAGAGAUCUCUAAUAUUCAAAGCCAAGUUAUCAAUGUUCUUUGAAACACUGUGUGUAGAAGAGACUGUGAGCUGUCAGAGGGAAGGGAAGUUGGGGCGCUGGGUGAAAAAAGUAAAAGGAUUAAGCCAAGAAAUAUUUUUAUGAUACAUAGACCCAGACAAUAGUAUGAUGACAGCCAGAGGCAAAGUGGGGCGAGGGGAGGUGGAGGUGGGCAAAGUGGGAGAUCAAUGGGGUUGGAAAGACUUUAGUUUGGGCAAUGAGCACACGAUGUUGUGUGCAGAUGAUGUUUUAUUGAGUUGUACCCUUGAAACUUGUACGGUUUUGUUAGCUAUCCAGUGUUACCUCAAUAAAUUCGAUAAAAAGUAUUUUAAUAAUUAAAUAUUAAAACAUUUAAAGACAAUUUAA